AUGUUCAGGUCUAGAUCCGAGAAAUUCGAGAAGAAUCAUAAAAUUCCUUCUCGAGAAUCUCGCGGUCCGGCUUCGUAUUCUUCAACGCCGUCGUGGUUCUCGACGAUCUUCGCCGGUCGCCGGAGUAAUCAAUCGAGCCUUUCCACGGCCGAGGAACCGGUCGCGGCUGCCGAACGGAGGCAUUGUCCGGUGAUAGAGCGCGGAAUGUCACCGGCGGGACUAUCGGACUCCGAUGAAGAACACGAAGGCCCGGAUCGUUCUCCGAUUUCUCAAAAGUCUCCAAUGGCGGCUCCUGGAUCGGCGAAGCGCGGGAGAUUCGGACACAAGCAAAACGCCUCAGGAUUCGCAUUUUGCUUGAGUCCGCUCGUACGAGCAAGUCCGAACUGGAAUUUGAACCAGAAGGUAACUCCGCCGGAUAUUACUUUCUCCGGCAACCUCAGGGCUUCGCCGAAGCCUCACCUCUGCGCGAACCGGUCGAGGAAGAUAGCGGACUUCGGAAGAGUCAAUCACAACCGUUGA